UUGUUUCUCAUGUGACUACAAUAUCCACAAAUAUGGCGGUGCUAGUCUGCUUUCUGUUUGUUCAUUUUCUUGUAGGAUUAGUUUACAGCAAUGGUGAAUACCAAAGGGAAAAAACUGUGUCGGUUCUAGCAACUACAGGAAUGCCAUGGCCCCUACCUCAGCAAUAUUCAUCUACACCAGAUGUUUACACAAUAAACCGGAAUGCAUUUAAAUUUAAAGCGACUGGUCAAAGCUGUGAUAUCUUAGAAUCGGCCUUCUUUCGCUAUCAGACAAUUAUCUUCGGAUUAAGAGAAGAAACACUGAGAUUCCAUCCGAAGAAUUCUCUUCAGGCUGGUUCUCUUACAGCGUUGAAUGUCAACGUCAAAAACAAAUGUGACCGGUAUCCAUCCCUUGGAAUGGAUGAAUCUUAUAACUUGACAAUUAGUGCAGCAGGAGCCACACUUAAUUCAAACAGUGUUUGGGGUGCCUUAAGGGGGAUUGAGACUUUCAGUCAGUUAGUCCUUCAACAAGAUACAAAUAUGUUCUUUGUGAAUGGUACAACAGUAUCUGAUUACCCACGAUUUCAACACAGGGGUCUCUUGUUGGAUACCUCCAGACAUUUCCUAGAUGUGACUAUCAUCAAACAGAAUCUGCUUGCCAUGUCACAAAGUAAGUUCAAUGUAUUUCAUUGGCACAUCGUGGAUGACCAGUCUUUCCCAUACACAAGUAAAGACUUCCCUGAUAUGGCCUCAAAGGGUGCCUAUGAUUCUAGACAUAUCUACACUCAGGAUCAGAUUGCAGAAAUCAUUGAAUUCGCCCGAAUUCUGGGUAUCAGAGUCAUUCCAGAGUUUGAUUCACCAGGUCACUCCCAGUCCUGGGGUAAGUCCAUCACAGACCUCCUGACCAAGUGUUACAGUGGAGGUAAGCCCAACGGACAGUAUGGACCCAUAGAUCCCUCCCUGGAGACCUCCUACGGCUUCCUGUCCAAGUUCUUCGGAGAGAUCAGUAGGGUGUUCCCAGAUCAGUACAUUCACCUGGGUGGUGAUGAGGUCAACUUUGAUUGCUGGAAAAGCAAUCCAAAUGUGACAGCAUUUAUGAAACAGAAAGGUUUUGGAACUGAUUAUGCAAAGCUAGAAGAAUAUUAUGUUCAAAGAUUGUUGGAUAUUGUGGGUGGGCUGAAGAAAGGUUACAUGAUCUGGCAAGAAGUAGUGGAUAAUGGAGCCAAGAUUCCAAUGGAAGCAAUAGUAGAGAUUUAUAGAAAUUCAGCUUACAUGCUUGAUGUGUACCUUACAACACUUAAAGGGUAUAGGACAGUUCUUCAAGCAUGCUGGUAUUUAGACUUAAUCAAAUAUGGUGUUCAGUGGCAGGCCUUUUAUGCCUGUGACCCAGGAAACUUCAAUGGAACCGCUGAGCAGAAGAAGCUUGUGAUUGGUGGAGAGGUGUGUAUGUGGGGGGAAUACGUAGACAACACCAACGUACUCUCACGGACGUGGCCUCGUGCCUCAGUGGUUGCAGAGCGACUAUGGAGUGCUCAAGGUGUAAAAGAUGCUAACGCUGCUGCCCCAAGACUGGAGGAACAUCGCUGUAGGAUGAUCAAGAGAGGUUUUCCAGCAGAAACAGUGAAUGGACCAGGCUUUUGUCCCCAGGAAUAUUCAAUACCAGUCUAGAUAAUUCUAGGACCCUAUUCUCAAGAAGAAGAACACAUACCAAAAAAACUUAAAAAAGCA